CUUGCUGCCUGCUGCAACGCCAAACAGCAGCGAACGGGUACGCCCGCGUGUUCGGAUCGGGAGGGAGCUGCUCCUCCCACCUCUCCGUCAAGUCAUGGAGGCCGCGGUCGCACUGGAGGAUUGCUCAAACCAAACAAGGGGACGAGCAAAAUCAAGGGUAGUUCUUCUCCCGCUUCUUCUAGUAAACAUCUCACCGCGCACCAGCGUCAGGCAACCGAAGUCGCUCAGAUGAAAGUCGGCCUGGGUCUCACUUCAUCGCCGGCAAGCUAUAGUAGAGGUGCUUCAGCCGCUUCCUCUGCCUACCGCUGUGCAGCUUAUCUGAACGAAAAGCCCGCAGAAGCUGACUCCUACGAGCUGAAGUAUCGUGUUUACAAUCCGGAAGCGCACACCUCAGAAAUCGUGGAUGUCAACCGUCUACGGCUGAUCAGCGCCCCUGUGAUAAUUAAGGCUUCGCCUAAUCCAUGUUCGGAAGCAUCUACUUGAAGCUGUUCCAUAAGGGGAAAGGAGCCGCAAGAUGCGUCCCAAGAUGGAUAAGGCUGAGCUCUAAGGUCAGCUUGGUGGACACGUUUACGCAGAUCCUCCUUUCCCCUCUACACACCAGUGGGCUCGAAGGGGAACUAGCAGUAUCUGCCGUCACCGUCGGGCGUGGGCGAAGUUUCGACAUUCCUGGUCGGGAUGAAGAAGUGCCUCUUGUCACUACUAGCCGUGAUGAGGGGGGGCCGGUAGUCUUAAGGGUUGGAAGUUGACGUCGGCUCUUUGACCACCAGCAUUUCUAUGACCUUUUCAAUUGGGAAAAGAAUCAAUAGGAGAUAUGCGAGCUACAUCUGUCAACUGGCAACCGCUAAGAAUCGAGGAACCUUCAUCUCCGUCAGACAUGCUCAUCUCCAAAGAGAGAGAGGCAGCCAGACGUCAGAGAGCAGCUGAAGGCUCGCCGGAUCCGCUGGAUUCAGCUGAGGCUAAGCGUGUGUCUGACAUUGUCCUGAAACACGCACAGUCCCCUUCGGAGACGCCAGGCGCGUCAAGUGGCGGUGCAUCUCAUCUCCACAUUUCGUUUUCUUCUUCGGAGCACCAAUCUAGAAAAGGAACAGACGACGAGGAAGCAAAAAGCCAGAUAGAGCGACAACAUCAACAUGCAUCAGCAAGAGUGGGUACUACUGACGCCGUUGCGAAAGACGCCUUCUAUUCCACCAACGUGACACAGAGUACCAUUGCAACAUUGAUUAAGCGCGUCGUGAAUGUCUUGCAAGAAUCCACUGCCUUCGGCAAGGGCAUAGGCCAGGCAGAGGCACAUAAAAUUUCUGACCUGGUCUCCCAAAUGCCGAUGCCGGAAAGCACUUCUGCUAACGAACCGCGUACAGCAUGUACAACCUCGUUGGAAGUCGCAAGAGAUGAAGAUUACGAAAUCGGUCUUUCAUCAUCCUUUCUACUUGUGUAGCAUCUUCGUGAAGAGACCAACUUCAUGGGCCAUGAUAACCAAGGACUCCACGAGUGACUAUUGGAGUCCUUGGUUAUGACCCAAGGAUUCUCAGAAAUCCACUCACGAAAUUUACUGCACCAGGGGGAUGAUGAAAAACAACUUAAAGUAACCAUUUCUAAUUCUAAGAACAGGAGGAGGUGAGGUGGAGUAGGCAAGUAUCUAAAUCUUCAGAGGUUUCUUCGGCUGGUAUUGUAAGGUCGCAAGAAGCAAACAUUUUGAGGCGUCUUCACGAAAUUGAGAUGGCAGGCGCUCGCGCACCAACAGAGCAGUCGUCGAAUGUGUCCGAUGUAGACAACGUUACUUCCGGAAUCGCAGACCUAUCUGUCGGGGAAGAUGAGCAUCGUGAGGAUGAUCAUCAUCUUCAAGAAGGAAGAGGACCUCCACCUAGUACAGCUGCGGCGUCGUCGAAUGAGGAGAAGAUGACCACUCAGAAGACGUCGAUGAUUAAUUAUUGCAAGGUUGCUCUUCAUCAAUUGCGCAGUCCGAGCGUGGAUAUUCACGUGAGUGUAAGCGCCAUGCACAGAUUCUUCUUUCCGGACGCGGAUACGCGUCGCGUGAAUUUAGUGUGGGAUGUCCAUAAGGCGAUGAAGCCGGCAGUCGUUUUCCGCAUGCAAGAAGAGGACGACCAAUUCAAGCUUGCGCGCGUCCUCACCGCACGCCAGCUCGCGGUCAGUUCGGAAAAAUACCACAAAUUAAGGCAUAAGUACUCUGAUUCUCGGUCGUGUUUCUUUUUUAAGUGUAGGUGUAGUCAUUGGUAUCUUCGGAAGAAAAUACUAUCAAAAAGAUGUAGAUGAGAAGAUCAUGAGAACUUUUUUUUCGAGACAGAUGUCUGAAGAUGUAUUCAAUUUUGUAAUUGCUAUGCAUUGGUAUUGGAGUAUUUGAAGAGCUCAUUCUUGUCUAAACAAGGUAAUGCAGGACGACAUCGAUCUGGGGUUGCUUGAGGCGGCUGAGGAGAUGGGCUUAUCCUCAACACUUGUCUUUCCUGCAGACAAAAUAGUAGAUCUGUACUACAAUCCGAUCUUUGAAGAUCAUGGGGACGCAGAGGGUGAGGACGCGGAGGACGGAGACGGAAUCUCGAGCCUCAGCUCCAAACUGCGCAGUGCUACCUUGGAUGGUCGAGCGGAGACGCAACCGGAAAGUAAAGGCACAUCUUCUGUGCCCACUUCUGCAGUUGCUAGUAGUAUGAUCACAGGUUUGACUGGUACUACUGAUCGGACUCGGAGACGAGCACAGGCAGGUGGAACUACAGUUUCAUCUCGUGCUCCAGAGAAGGCAAGAACCAGAGAUGAUCAUGAGGUUGCUGCCAAACAACGCAGCGAUUCCACGUCAUCUAUGCAAGCAAUCAGUACUACUGCACAAGCCACCAGCAAAGACCUUCAAAAGAGUGAUCCUGACGCUAUUCCUGCUUCCAGAACUGAAGGAACCCCGAUAUCAACACCUACAACGAGAUACCGGAAUGUGAAACCGACCUUAACGCGUGAACAGGUGGAGCGAAUAGUUGCAGAAAAAAAACUGGAGGAGAUGGAAAGCGGAGCUGCUGAUGAGGCUGCGAAGAAGCAAAACGAGAAGCCACUAGUUGUACCAAAGGGAGUUGCUGAUGGAGAGGUGGUCGACGAAAGCCGUCCGAAAAUGGCAUAUACUUCUGGAGCACGCGGUGAUCCAAGUCCAGCGCUCCCAUCAGUUGCCGGUAUGAGCGGCGAAGCAGCUUCCUCACUGGGCAAUAACACGUCACAUGGGCCUCCUCAACAGAGUAGUACUGAUCCUCCACGAGAAUUACGAUUAGAGGCUCCUGGAAGUAUCCGCGAGUUUCCGGCUCUAAGUGAGGGCGAGGACAAGUUGGAAGCGCUCUUUUUCACUUUACGGGGAGAAUCCAGCUUCGAUGAGCGGACGCAUAUCGCACGCCCGCAGAUAUACAGCCGUCGAAAGGAUGCGGGCCAUGUGGGCAUAGUCGAGCCGCUCUUAGCCGAAAUGCUUAACGCCCGUGGCCUGAUGGGCAUGCAGGAGAGCCUGCUAGCCGACCACGGGGCCGCGUUCGCCAAACGUCACGGCAUACAAGCGUCUUCACAAGUACAGCAGGAUGCUAGCCCGAAUAGCAGCGGAUCCGCAUCUUCUGAAACACCAACAGGCGGCACCGGACAAACGGCCACCGAACAGGCAGAACGAAAAAGGAGGCGCACACAGGAGUUGAUCGUGAGCAGAACGGCCGCAUCUUUUGUCUUGCAGAUCCAAUCGGCGUUUGCUGGAUCGCGGUACCCGCAUAUGCGGGAACGUGUCGUCGCCUCCCUCAUCGUUAAGGCUAACCACGACGUGAACGCAUUCUCACUGCGACGUUUCUUCGAGACAAAAUUAGAUUUUCUUCCUACAUUCACUUUGUGAGUUUCCUCAUCACCAGUUAGAUUAUUUCAAGAUUCUGCAAGAACAUCAACAACAACACGACUCGUCUAACAUUCAGUCCUCUAGGACCUCAGCCAUUGCUAGUGGGAA